AUGAACUCUUUAAAGCCAUUCCUACUUUUCCUUCUCACCUGCAUUCUCAUUCAACAAGCAUGUUCCGAUAAAGAUCGCAAGACUUACAUAGUCUACAUGGGUGCUCAUCCUAAGGGCAUGGAUCCCACCACCUUACCUUCUCUUCACUCCAGAAUAGCUCAAAAUGUCCUUGGCAGUGAUUUUGAACCAGGAGCUGUACUUCACAGCUACAAAAAAAGCUUCAAUGGAUUCGUUGUGAAGUUGACCGAAGAUGAGGCAGAAACAUUGGCAGAAAUGGACGAUGUAGUAUCGGUUUUUCCCAACACAAAGAAUCUUCUUCACACGACAAAAUCGUGGGACUUCAUAGGCCUCCCACAAAAUAUCAAAAGACUGAGUUUGGAAAGUGACAUAAUAGUUGGAGUAUUAGACACAGGAAUUUGGCCAGAGUCAAAGAGCUUCAGUGAUGAAGGAUUUGGUCCACCACCAAAAAAAUGGAAGGGGUCAUGCCACAACAUCACUUGCAACAAUAAAAUAAUUGGUGCAAGUUACUUCAAUAUUGAAGGAAUAUAUGGUAAAAAGGAUAAGAAAUCCCCGAGAGAUGUAAAUGGCCAUGGAUCACAUUGCGCAUCCACGCUUGCUGGAAACAUGGUUAGUUCUGUAAGCUUAGAAGGUUAUGCCAUCGGGACAGCACGUGGAGGAGUUCCUUCAGCUCGCAUCGCUGUAUACAAAGUGUGUUGGGAAGAAACUGGUUGCGACGAGGCUAAUAUCCUUGCAGCUUUUGAUUCAGCAAUUGCUGACGGGGUUGAUGUUCUUUCUGUUUCUCUUGGACCAGGUCAAGUUACACCAUUAACUCAAUAUUUUCAACACUCAAUCAACAUUGGAAGUUUCCAUGCAAUGCAAAGAGGUGUAUUUACUUCGAAUUCGGCUAAUAAUUUAGGCCCUGAUCUUUUCACAAUGACAAGCUACCCACCUUGGUUACUUUCUGUUGCUGCGAGCACUUUUGGUAGAAAAUUCGUUACAAAGGUGCAGUUGGGAAAUGGUAAAGUGUAUGAGGGAUCAACAAUUAACACAUUUGAUCUCAAAAACAAAAUGUUUCCAAUAAUUUUUGCAAGAGAUAUACCCAACACUGCUGCUGGAUUUAACAGUUCUGUAUCCAGAUUCUGCCACAAGGACUCUGUAGAUGAACAUGCAGUAAAGGGAAAGAUAGUUUUAUGCGAAGGCAUACAGAUUCCUACGGAUAUCGGGUUUUUCUCGGGUGCUGCUGGUGUAAUAUUUGGAUAUGUUUCUGCAAAAGAUUUGCCAAAUACAUAUGCUUUACCAGCCACACUCCUUAGUCUAUGGAACUUUAGAGAAAUACAAUAUUACAUGAAAUCAACAAGAAAUCCAACCGCCACAAUAUUUAAGAGUGAAGAAGUCGAAGAUUCGUUGUCCCCUUAUGUAGCUUCAUUUUCAUCGAGAGGUCCAAAUCCAAUUACGCCGAAUAUUCUCAAGCCAGAUAUUGCUGCCCCGGGAGUUAAUGUUAUAGCCGCAUGGACUCCACUCGACCCGAUUUCUGAAUUUGAAGAUGACAAGAGAAGAGUACCAUAUCAAAUUAUCUCGGGAACUUCAAUGGCAUGCCCUCAUGCAGUUGGAGCUGCAGCAUACAUUAAGUCAUUUCAUCCCAAUUGGUCUCCUGCUAUGAUCAAGUCUGCCCUUAUGACUACAGCUACACCAAUGAGCCCUUCUAUAAAUCCUGAAGCUGAAUUCGCAUACGGUGCAGGGCUAAUUAGUCCAGUUAAGGCAGCAAAUCCAGGUUUAGUGUAUGAUAUCAGUGAAGCAGAUUAUGUGGAGUUCUUGUGCGGAGAAGGAUACACGGAUAAACAACUACGAAAUCUUACUCGUUAUAAAAGUGAUUGCAAGGGAAAAGCUAAUGGGAAGGCUGUAUACAAAUUGAACCUCCCAUCAUUUGCACUUGUUGCAAACAACAAAUUUUUCGGAUAUGUUUACCAUAGAACAGUUACAAAUGUGGGAUCAGCAAAGUCUAGUUAUAAAGCAAGAGUAAUAUCUUCUCCUUUGUUGGAAAUUCAAGUGAAACCUGAUGUUCUGUCUUUUACAUCUAUAGGACAGAAAAAAUCAUUCACGCUCACAAUUGAAGGAGAAAUCAAUGUGGGAAUAAUAUCUUCUUCUUUGAUAUGGGAUGAUGGUAAUCAUCAAGUUAGAAGCCCAAUUGUAGUGUAUAGGAAAUAA